ACCCAGACACGGUCCUGGACUGGGUAAAAAUUUAAAAAUACCCUGCGCAUCAAAACAUAAACCCAGCACCCCCUUCCUCUUUUCUUUCACGCUCACGACGCACGCCCAGCUCACUACGUACGAACUCCCGGAGUAAACUCCACCUGCGACCACCGUGAAUGGCCGACGACCACCAGCGAAACUCACCCCCUCUCUCUUCCUUAACUCCAAGCAAGAUGGCCCGCACCGAGAACACUAUAGAGAUCUCGAGAUGCAAGCGAUGCCAGCUCUAGCAGGGCCCCAAGUGACCCCUACCAGCCACAAUUUGUCGAAGAUAAGCACAUGUUGCACUAUGUCGAGCUACUAAAGAAGGAAGUGGGCCCGAUGUUUACCCUUACGAGCCCACACUGACUGCAGACAGGCUUAAUGACGAGGUCAGACAUUUGUUGCGGAGGGGCUGGUGGCGGCAUCUGUUCUUCGGCAUCCGUGAGCCGACAUACAAGGAGGUGACAUGCGAAGUGUUGGCCACCAUAAAUCUGCCCAAACAUAUCUACGAACAUGACAAUUUCAAGAGAAACAUCAGGUUUCAGGCAUUCGGGGAAGACCAUACAAUGUCCAUCUCCCGUAUUGAGACAUGCCUUGGUUUUGAUGAGGUGGAGGAAGGAGCACGGGGCACGGUGGGGUUGUGUGACCUGCCACCAGAUGUGAAUAGGCAGGCCUUUUGGGAGUCCAUCAUGAGAGGGGGCACCACAUACAAGCCCCGGGAGUCACCUAGCACAUACCUCUACCCCCAAAAGUACCGGGUCAUCCACACACUCUUAAACUCAACAGUUACCGGAAAAGCCAAGGUAGGGGGCAAGGUCUCCACCACAGAUCUCCUCUGCCUGUACCGCAUGAUUCAUAAUCGCAAGCCUCACAUGGCGUCCAUUAUUGCCGGCCUUUUACAUCGCCAGUCCACCUACAACAUCAAGGCACUCUACUCCGACCCGUACAUUACUAGCCUCUUAAAAGAGAUGGGCUAUGGUGACCAGUUGAGAGGGAUGGAGGGGGUCUCUACUUAUCUCCCAUUGAUGACACUUUCCCCUAUGCACACGGGAGUUGGGGGGAGGGUACAGUGGGAGGAGGCGCAGAGAGCUGGAGGUGGAGGACAAUCGGUAGAUCAUCAGACCAUUUAGCCCUAUGUCGAGGGUGGCAGAGCAGGCCACCAAGAGGAGGAAGAGCACGAGGGAGGCGAUGACAUGGAUCAUGACGCUACACAAGAUGCUGCACCAGGAGGAUAUCUAUCAGCGAUUCUAUGAGGAGCAGCAUGCUUGGCACCAGGAGCAGCGUGCAUGGCAGCAGCAAGAUCACUUUGGUCAGAUGAGGCAAGAUCAACUGGAUUUUCAGCAACAGAUGAGGGAGGAGCAACAACUGCAUUAUUCACAGGUCCAGUCCCAGUUUUUGGGCAUUGAUGUCCGCCUCACCUCUCUAAAGUCCAGUUGGAGUGCCUUCAUUGUUGGAUACCAGCCCCCACCUCCUCCAGAGCAGUAGCUUACGUGACCUAGAUGUUCUCCUCUAGCUGUUGUAUUUUCAUUUUUGUUGGAUAACUGUAUUAUUCACCAUCACACUCAUCACUUGUUACUCUAUACACUGCUAUACGUUUUGUUCGUUGAAUUGUGUUUGCAUCUUUCUUUUGCCUUUUGGAAGACGCGCCGAGGUUCACAGUUUGACUCAGUUCUGUUUCCG